UGUCAUGUUCACUUGAGCUGGAUGACCGCGCAAAUAAACCCUUCGAAGGUGCACUGGUGAAAUUCGUAAUUUCCGAAAAAAAGCGAAAACCAAACGGUGCGUACGCGACGCGAUUUGCUUGCACAGCGAAAGCCCUGCUCCUGAGGCGCGUGGACGCGUGGUAACGCGCAAAAAAAAACAAAAAAAAACCCCGAACCACCAACAACCGACGGUCCGAGAGGCAAACCGGCCAGCAAAAGUGACGGAGCUGCGGAGAGAGAGAACGGGAAUAAAUCGAAGAUACCCGUGUGUGCGAGCGCGUGUGUUGUGUGGCCUUUCCAACUGCUUCAAAUAUGGCGAAGCCCCUUCAGUUAUUAAAUAUUGAACCGGCGACCGAGCUCAAAUUCCAGGGUCCGUUCCGGACCGCGGUCGCAUCGUACAUGCGGCUCACCAACCCAACCGACCAUGAGAUCUAUUUUAAAAUCAAAACAACCGCCCCGAAGAAGUAUUGCGUGCGCCCGAACUGUGGCCUGCUGGAGCCGGGAGAUCUGCAGGAGAUCGCCAUUGUGCUGCAGCCGUUCACAUUCGACUCGAACGAGAAAAACAAGCAUAAGUUCAUGGUGCAGUCGAUGGUGAAGCCGGAAGAUGAGGACGUAAACCUGGAGGACCUCUGGCGGAAGUACCCGGAGAAGCUGAUGGACUCGAAGCUCCGGUGCGUCUUCGAGUGCCCGAUCGAUAGCAAUCAGCCGGCCCCGGCAGCCGAGGCCGUACCGGGCACCAGCAAACAAACGAGCGGUACGCCUUCCACGGUCAGCAACGAAGCUGGUAGCUUCGUCAACGCACAGCCUGCCGCCACGAGCAUCGAGGAGGAGCUGCAAUCGGAAUCCCCGCUCGCAAAGGAGGUGAAGAAACUGCGCGAUCACGACAAUGUGCUGCGGCAGGAAAAUCUCCAGCUACGGGAACAAAUCUUGCAGCUACGCUUGCAGGUGGCCGGCCGAAACAAGGAGCAACCGGCGGUCGCAGCGAAGGCAUCGAUCCAGUCGGUGGGAGCCGCACACUAUCAGAAUCCGUAUUCGCCACCGUCCCAGCAGGGCCGCAAUCCGCAUGAGAUCUACAUCGCCAUCAUUGCAGCCGUUAUCAUAGCCAUUGUCGGGGUGUGGAUCGGCAAGCUGGUUUUCAGCGAGGGCAGCAAAUAAAGUUUAAUUUAGCGACACACGGUGCGGGGAGGCUAGGCGGGAGGAGGAGGAAGAGGAGAAAGGGCAUGCCUGCGGAAGGCGUAGGGAAGAAGAAAAAGCAUAUAAAAGGGCGCUUUAAGGGUGGCGGAAACUGUUGCGCGAGGAGGCACCGCGGAUUAUAUCUCAUGGCUUGGUCCGGGGAAGGACUUCAUAGGAGCAAACGGGGACGGUCGCGGUAUGUGGCCGCGCUGCUAGAAUUUACAAAAGACAUGCGAACGUACGAACAUACACAGAGCCAGAAGCAGCGCCCUUUUGCCCAACAACAUUAUCAGCUGUAUAAGCGAGCGAGCUAGGCGAGAUACCUAGGAUAGGAAGAUUAAUCGCUGGUGGUCAUCGCAGGACGAAACGGGGAUUCUUCAACGCCGUGGCAUGCCCGUACCGAAUAUUUAAAAGCAAACUAAAGUGUAACCCCCCCCCCCCCUCCUCCCCUCCCUUAACCCAGUGGAAAUGGUGAGGGAUAGAAUUCCGACGGCAGGAGUAUAUAGAGGGAGUAAGUAAAGUGAAAAAAUGUAAAAGGAAUUUAAGGCAACAAGAUACGGGAAUGAAAGGUGUCCUUUGGUUGAGGGAAUGGCUUCACUAAGUCAUCCUGCCAACACGGGGAGCAUGAGUGAAGAAUAGCGCAACCUACACUCUGGCAGGGAGCGACAGAACAUAUACACACACACACCUACACGCAGAUACAUACACAUCGAUACAUACACAUAUUUCGUCAUGGGAAUGAAUUUGGAAUUUGGUAGAAACAUGGAUGGUACACCAGCUUACAUGCAGCUUACAUUAUAUAAAUGCCUAUCUUAAAUAAAGCAAAGGAUACCAGAAGAAGCAACCGACGCAGUACAUUGCCUAGCAGGGGUUAAUAGGUGGAGGAAGAGGUGAACAUGUUGAACAAGUUGCAGAUGAUGUCGAUUAUUAGACGGCGCAUUAGAUUACGGUGGUGAUGAUAUUAACGCAAAUAUAAGUAGGUGUUGACGCAUCCUAGAUAUGCAAACAAAACGAAACAAACAAAAAGCAACCAAGAAGAAAAUUCUACACACAGACAUACACUACACACACACAUACAUACGAACAACCCGAAUGCGGGUGAGAAUCGGUGGGAGGUUAUAUUUGAUAGGUUUAGUUUUCGUUCGUACGCUUUUUCUUUAUGUGCUAGUUAACAUACUUUUUGCUUAUGUUGUUGGUUUGUUCCGGUUGACAUGCGUUUUUGUGCUAGCGCGAGCUGUUCGCUCGCAGGCAGUAAAUAAAGAGGAAACAAAAAAAAAAGAAUAGUAAUAAUGAUUGCAAUAUUGAAACCAUUUCACCGCAUUCGCCGGAUGACGGCCGGAGCGCGGCCAACGGUGGGAGAGGCGAGGCGGCGUGCGGCGCGGAAAAAAAGCGGCUAACGGAAAAGCGAGGGAGUGAACUGUGGACAUUUUGCGAGUGUAGUUUUGAUUUCAUAGAGGUCCUGUUUAGAUAAGGAACAGUAAAAUCUAAAAACAGAAAAAAACUCACAAUUAGGACGAGAAGCAGUAGCACACGGAUAGCAAUAGAUGAGACUAA